AUGUCAAUAAAAGCAGAAAUCGAUGCGCUGAAGCUAAGACUCCUCGAAUUCCAGGGAAAAUCCCAUGAAACCACUGAAAAAUUGCUGGAAAUGGAUGGAAAUGUGGACGCCAUUGUAAACCACGCGCAAACCCUCAAAACCUCGCUGAAAACGCUGAAAAUCGCGAAAAGCGAGGAGGAAGAGUUGAAUGCAGCACUGCAUUUCGAGUUGGAACAACUUCAUGAUCGCGAAAAACUGGAAAUGCUGAAAUUGGAUGAAGCUGAAGCUUUGGCAGCGAAAAAAUUGCGAGAGGAGCAAGAGGACGUGAAGAAGAGGCAGGAGAGGUGUAAAAUCGAAUUGGAGGCGAUUCAUAGAGAGCUGAAAGUGUUGGCGGAGCAAGUUUUGAUCGAUUAA